GUCGAACCUCACUAUGAUCGCAGGAACCAUGACUCAAAAAGCGCACCCUCGUAUUGUAAUUGUAGUAAUUUUUAGCGAGCGAUACUAAGUCGAGCCAAAAAAUUUUUGCGGUUCAAGACUGAGUGAGUACUACUUUCUACGGUGUCAAGUCUCAUCAAUAUUCUUGCAGCCGACAGUGUAGUGUAAUAGUUUCAGUAGGAGGAGACUUUCAUUAUCUUUAUCCGGCUACCGGUACCGGUUUUCUCGACAAGAUGAAUCUCGACGACAUUGAGCUCGAUGAGGAAGAGAUGGAGGCGAUGGAAAAAUGCGGGUACUCCACGGAGGAGGCACUGGCAUUCAAGGGAGUAUAGUUUUGUCUCGUAGCAUGUUGAUGUUCUACUUUUUAUUCCGCCCAGCGAUAAAAAAAUUGAGAUUGAGAAACUGAUUGUGACAUAUCUUUUUACAGCUCUGCUGAUCAUCAAGCUCACACAUGUAUGUCGGUUGUAUCGAAGCUGUUUAUGCCAGUAUCAACAUAAAACGUCAGGUGUAUUCGCAUUACGACAACAAUUUCGGGAAGGGCGACGGGUGCUGCAGCGUACCCCUGGUGAAGAGCAUGGUGCGAGCCCUGGGGAUCCAGAUGAAAAAGAAAGACGAAGAGACACUCGCGGUGCUACUCGAGGAGUGCGAUGAAAAUAAGGAUGGUAUUGCAAUUGUAAAUCUAUCUUCAAAUAGAGGCCUUUUCUGAUCUGGACAAGAAAGAAAUUGCUGAAAGAGGUCGCACUAGGGAGAGAGCUUAAAGUAGAGUUUAGAUGAUGAGACGUAGGUUAUGCAUUUUUACCUGGCAUCGAAAUUGAAAUUCAAAUUAUGAACUUUUUCUGGUUUCUUGCGUGUGGUGGACUUCUGCAUGGCAAAUUCUACAUCAGGGUCGACACAAUUUCCCGAGUUUCUCUUGCUCAUCAAAAAGAUGCAAGAGAUCAACUUCUGUCAAAUGAACGAGGCCGCCGCGGAGCGAGUGGAGUCCGAGAAAAAAGCCAUCGAGAGAAAAGAAAAGGCCGAGCAACGGAAGAAGAAAGGUACGAAAGUAUGCAGUAUUUUCUACGGCACACUUGUUUUUGGAGGUUUUUUCUACUAUUUCUGGUUAACGAAAUUUGGCAACCCACAUCCAGCAGCUGCUCCUGUUAAGCUUUAGGGAAAGCAACAGGCUCUUGCGUUUUGCGAAUUUUCUGCGGAAAAAUCUCUGCAGUAUUCCCGACGGCACACUUGUUUUUGGAGGUUUUUUCUGCUAUUUCUGGUUAACGAAAUUUGGCAACCCACAUCCAGCAGCUGCUCCUGUUAAGCUUUAGGGAAAGCAACAGGCUCUUGCGUUUUGCGAAUUUUCUGCGGAAAAAUCUCUGCAGUAUUCCCGACGGCACACUUGUUUUUGGAGGUUUUUUCUGCUAUUUCUGGUUAACGAAAUUUGGCAACCCACAUCCAGCAGCUGCUCCUGUUAAGCUUUAGGGAAAGCAACAGGCUCUUGCGUUUUGCGAAUUUUCUGCGGAAAAAUCUCUGCAGUAUUCCCGACGGCACACUUGUUUUUGGAGGUUUUUUCUGCUAUUUCUGGUUAACGAAAUUUGGCAACCCACAUCCAGCAGCUGCUCCUGUUAAGCUUUAGGGAAAGCAACAGGCUCUUGCGUUUUGCGAAUUUUCUGCGGAAAAAUCUCUGCAGUAUUCCCGACGGCACACUUGUUUUUGGAGGUUUUUUCUGCUAUUUCUGGUUAACGAAAUUUGGCAACCCACAUCCAGCAGCUGCUCCUGUUAAGCUUUAGGGAAAGCAACAGGCUCUUGCGUUUUGCGAAUUUUCUGCGGAAAAAUCUCUGCAGUAUUCCCGACGGCACACUUGUUUUUGGAGGUUUUUUCUGCUAUUUCUGGUUAACGAAAUUUGGCAACCCACAUCCAGCAGCUGCUCCUGUUAAGCUUUAGGGAAAGCAACAGGCUCUUGCGUUUUGCGAAUUUUCUGCGGAAAAAUCUCUGCAGUAUUCCCGACGGCACACUUGUUUUUGGAGGUUUUUUCUGCUAUUUCUGGUUAACGAAAUUUGGCAACCCACAUCCAGCAGCUGCUCCUGUUAAGCUUUAGGGAAAGCAACGGGCUCUUGCGUUUUGCGGAUUUUCUGCGUAAAAAUCUCUGCAGUAAUCCCGACGGCGCGCUUGGUUUUGGAGGUUUUUUUAGAAGAAGAUGUCGAAGUUAUUACUUUGGGAAGAAAAUCAAAAUUGUUCUCCAACUGCGCGACCGGGCAUGAAGGGUCUGCCGGCGCGUGUUGUCAAACAAUACCAGCACCGGAGUUUCAUCUCAUACACUACUGAUUCUCUCCAAACUCGACACUCACUACAGAGAAAGAGGCACACAGAGCCAGUUUGGUCGCGAUGGAGGAAGACAAGGCAGCGAUCGAGGCGGUCGCUAAGGAGGCAGAGGCCAAGAAAAAAGCGAUAUCAACUGCAAAAAUGUCUGGGUCUGGAAGACUAAAACUUGUCAUGCUAAAUCCGAAUAGUGCAAAAAUCUGUGUUGCAUGAGUGCCAAAAGCUGUCCACUUUCGACCAAGUUGGGAGGGAGUUUCUCAUGCGGGAUAGGCAUGGCAGAGACCUCACAGACUCUGUCAUGCUAGGUCCUGCAUUCCAGACCUCAUGGGUCAUGGAAAAUCUGCAUGACAAACCUCGCAAUCUUCCAGACCCAGACAUUUUUGCAUUUGAUAAGCCAAGGGUGACGACGAUGAUAGCGACGAAGAGGGCGGCGGUUUGAAAGAAUACGAUCCGAAGACAGACGGUACUACGCAUAGAAUAAUAAUAGAAUAAUCCAUGACUUUUUACUUUGUAGCCGUUUUCGUGUUCGAAUCAGCCCGAAGAUGAGACUGUCAUGCGUUAAUAUGCAUUGUUUGGCUUUGAUGCAGCUUCUGUUCUAUCGUCAUUGUCAUUCCACUUUCAUCUCUCAGGUCCAUACCAAUUCUUCUACUGGAAAAACCACAAGGCCCAGAUGGAUGGAAUGCAGGCAGUCUGGGAUGACUACAAGAAGAAGGUCAAGGCCCGCUAAUUCUUGACUCUCUACUACCCUCGUCAAAAAAACGACUAGUCGCGUUACCCUCUCAUUAUAGGCAACCAAAAUUUUACCGAUACGAUACAGAAUGCAGAUUUAGGAUUAUUCACACAAAGAGGUGGGCGGAAUGAUACGAAGGAAAAGGCUAAAACUGUGUUAAAAAUUGUAACAACCCCAACCACCUGAACCAACUAGGACACACAGGAAUCACGCGGCACACCUCCAGUGCUACGUGCGUGUUGACAAGCUUGGUAUCGAAGACUAGGAUACCCUAAAGAACAAAUGCUCAAGGACAUCAAGCGAUAAAAUCGGAGAUUCGCAGACAAAGAACAUCAAAACAGAAGAUCAAAGUCUGCCGCUUAGGAAGGUCAGAAACAGCUUUUUUCAUUACACAAAUGUGAAUUCUCCUCACAUAACUGAAUGCGUUUGUGUGUACGUAUCGUCCGAUUGCGCGCACUCGUACUGCCAGGCGUUUUUUGUUCGUGCAACUGUCUCGAUGUGACUCGGCCUACUUUAAAUCGUCCUGGAACUCGAGCGAUAUUGAGAU